UUUACUGAACUGAAACAGCUGACAGUUGAAAACAAUUAUUUCGUGAUUUUUGUAAAUAUUACUGAAAUUUUUAAAUGGAAGAACAAGAGGAUCAAGAGAAGCUUUAUGAAGAGGCGCACAAGAAAGUGCAAUUGGGGGAGGAACUUAAAAAGGCGUUAAUAGAUUUUGAGGACCUUCCCGGAGUCAGUAAAGUCCAGAGAAAAAUUCAACAGGAGCUUAAAUUUCUAAAUAAGGUGAUUACCACAAAAUCCGUGAAAGAACACCAUAUAACGAGUAGUAACUUUGUCUACUAUGAUUUCCUGAUUAAAACUCUGCGUUUGCAACAAGGAGUGGUGGACAUUAAUGCCGUAUUCCGCCUGGAAUCAAGGGAUAACCCCCUGAGGGUCGAUAUAGUGGCUAAUAACGGUCUAAAAUGGGUCAAGGUGAUAGCCAGGAACUCGAAAUCCGUUGAGGAUGCGGCCAGGGGAUGUGUGAGCAUCGGAGCAAGGAGUGUUUUGGAUCAGGCCGAGGAUUAUCUGGAGGCCAGUGAACUUAGUUUUUGCAUGUUCCAGAGACCCAGGAUAGUGUUUUACUUUUCCAACAAAAUCGAGGACUCUCUGCAUGAAGAGCUCCUGGAAAUGGGCGUGCAAACAGCAUCUUUGGACUCACCCGAUAGUGAUUUGGAUCAAUAUGCUACCACCUCGAAUGAAUUGAAUCUGGAUGUGACCACUUUACUGGCCUAUGUGAGUGCCCUGACGAACGGAUCUGCCAAUUGGGUCUACAAGGAACCCCUUCUCACCGAACAAGCCGAAAGGGAGAGGGCUUCACCUCUAAAACCCCUUUUAGAGAAAAUUCUAGAGGGAAAAACCUUAGUUUGCUGUCAACUAGCCUACGAUGCCUUCCAAAGUAUUCUAGAUAUUGUGGGUGGCGAGGGCGAAAGAACUCGAGCCGAGGAGCUUAUGAAGAGGGUAACCAUUUUCCCGGAUGUGGAAGGCAUACCCGAGGAAUUCUCCCACAUACGAUUCACUGCCAAUGUGAACGAGCGAAGUCUAAAAAUCUUUAGUUUUGGAAUGGCCAGACAAAUUUUCACCGUGACUUCGAAUAAGGCUUUUGUUAGAUCAGCUAAAAUGCAGGGUAUCAAUGUGCCCGUGUUUGUCCAUGCUUCUGUUGCACUUACCGAGGGAAAACAGGCCACAGGAAGACCGCUUUAAAAGACAAUAAAUGUUAUCCACUUACAUAUAUUUUAUGUGAUUUUUUUGAAAAACCUAUUUAAAAUGUUUAAAUUUUAAUGUUCCCUGCUUC